UCUCUCCUCCAGCUUCGCCGGGCCGACUUCCUCAGUGGACCCCAAUGGCCAACCACAGAUUCAGUUCAGUGUCUGAGGAGGAACCCUGCUGCAACAUUUCCAAGAAAACCAAGAUCUGUCUCUGCGUCUUCUUUGGUCUCCUGAUCGCGGUGAUCAUCGCGGUGCCGGUCGGUAUCCUGAUGUGGCGCCAUCCGCUCAAGGAGUGGAAGGGGAAGGGCACCACUGCCCAUUUUUACGAGAUCCUCCUGGGACGGUGCUACACCUAUACUCAAAUCGUGCGACCUGAGCUGGGACAUAAAGACUGCCAAAAGAUAGGGAAGGCGUUCACAACUGCGUUUCUUUCUAAGGACCCUUGCAGCAGCACGGAGCAGGACUACCAGCCCCUCCUGGAGCUGACCGCUCAAACCGUCCCUUGCAACAAGACCCUCUUUUGGAGCAAAUCCAGCGAGCUGGCCCAUGACUACACGCGGGUCCAGGGAGACCUGUUCACCCUGGAGGACACGCUGCUGGGCUACAUGGCAGAUGGCCUCAAGUGGUGUGGAGACCCACGCUCUUCAGAAAUGAACUAUCAAUCUUGUCCAGACCGGAGGGAAGACUGCAGCAACAACUCUUUUUCUGUAUUCUGGAAUGCAGUGUCCAAAAGGUUUGCAGAAGACGCCUGUGGUGUGGUCCAUGUGGUGCUCAAUGGGUCCAUCAGUAACACCUUUGAUGAAAGAAGCACUUUUGGACGUGUGGAAGUCUUUAAUUUGCGCCCAGAGAAGGUUCAUCAACUACAGGCCUGGGUGAUGCAUGACAUUGGAAGUGUUCACAGUGACUCAUGCUCGAGUUCCUCCGUAAAUAAUCUGAAACGGAUUCUAAAGGAAAGGAGUAUUGCAUUUUCUUGCCAGAAUAAUUACGGGCCUAUCAGGCUUCUCCAGUGUGUGAAAAGUCCUGAGCCUUCAUCUUGCAGAUUUUAUGUAUGAGCCAAUUAGCAUGGUUGUUUUGGAUCUCUGAGCCUUAUAUACCCAUCGCACGUGUGACUCGGGAGACACGCUGUUGGGAAGCUGAGGACUUGGGGGGAUCUUCUGUCAUAAUGCCAACACUUGAGUUGGAAGCCUUUCCCCCAAAGUUUUAAAAUAACAUGUUGUUGCCAUAGUGUUUAUUUUGAUUUCCUAUUAAUCAAAAAUUAUGGUAUAAAAUUAGAAUGAAAAUUUUAUAUUAAGUUAUUUCAUUUUAAUUUUCAUAGGUGCUUUUAUGUGGUUUAUAUGUUAGUAGUAUCCUUUCUAUUGAAAAUGACUAUACCAAACCUCUCUUACUGGUGCAGAUAAUUAAGGGAUGGUAAAUGCUCAUGAAUGACCUUGUCUCAGGAUCUAUUUUUGUACCCUUUCUACAAAUAAAGUAUAAAUGCUAUAGUUAUGGGUCAUGCUGGAUAAAGAAUUCUGUAGGAUAUAAGCUACCCACCCACUUUAUCUCCCCCUCUUCCAACAGCCCUGUGAGGUUGGUACUGUUAUCUCCCAUUUGUUAGAUGAGAAAUGGAAGUUCGGAGAGGUUAUAUAAUUUGCCUAAAGUCAUACAUUUAGUUCAAGGUAGAGGCUGGAUUUCAACUCAGCUCUCUCUAACUCCAGAGUAUAUAUGCUCUCUUUCUAGGCCUAUAAUACCAGCUGAAAUGCUUUAUGUUCCCUUCUAAUAAAUGCAUGUUGGAUUAAAUUGAAUGUAAUAGAAUAUAAUAGAAUCCGAACUGGGUAGCUUUUCUGGAUAGCUUCAAAAACAGAUACACUUUUUUUCCCCUCUUCAUUCUCUUCCUCUUCUUCAUGCUCAGUGUCUUACAUAUAUCAUAGGCCGUUAAAAUACAUAUUUGUUCC